AUUAUUGCGAUAGAGAGCAAACAAGUAACAACUAGAAACUAAAAACUCACACUCGUCGAAAAAUAAAUUUAAAUUUAACAAAUUUUUCUAAAAGUUUAAUAUAGAAUGGAAACCCCAAAAUCAAACGUCUAUGAAUCGGUGCUACCGCAUAUCAUUGCGAUAUUGAAUUGCGAGCCACGUCAGAGCACCACUGUGGACGAUUUAUGCCACAAAAUUGAGGUCACUGCCCAGACGGAUGAUUUUGUGAUGCAGCACAUCAGUGCCUUUGAGACCCUUAAGACCGCUGUGAACUAUGGCAUAGCGUUGGGCACUGACAUGGGCCUACUGGCCCACUCAAAUGGCAAGGUCCGCCUUGUCAGCAAGCUGCCCAUACGCAGCCUUUCGAGCGAGCAGCCUCAACGCGGCGUAGAGGGCGAAUACACUGAUCUUCGCCGCAGCGUCGAGAAGGUGGAGCAGCCGCUGUUGAAGGAAGUCGACGAGGAGCUCUUGUUCAGCGACGAGAAUGGCCGCCAGCCUUACAGCGUCGAUGAGCCCCUCAUCCCUGGCAUGGUACUACGCUCGUCAAAGAAGUUAGGGACAGGAAAGGUGGACACUCGAUCAACCCCACAUACCAUUGACGGACCAGCUGACGGAACCACUAACGGGCAAACUCAGCAGGAGAACUCCAAUGGUGACACCCAAAACGACACAGUGGGGGCUGACUUAGCUCCAAAUUAAAUUUUGUUCGCUAUAUUCGAUAUAAUUUACAAUCAAAGCAUUAAUAAUGCUACACUCUUUGGCAUUUGCCACAAAUACCUGUCACACCUUUUUGCUCUCUGAUCUUCUGAGUAUUGUUUAAUAAAGGAUUUGAUCUGUACU